CCGUCGGAUUCCUGCCUUCAUAUUCUGCCUGCGCGCGCUCCCUAGCCUUCCUCAACUCCGGUGUCCGGUGACCGCAAGCUGCGCUGGCCAACUCAGGAUCCGUCGCGCUCGCCUUCGAGAACCCGUUCCACGGUUCUGCUGGAUUUAGAAGCAGAGGAAGGACCGGGCUGUCCUCGUUGGAGUUCAUGGCCAUGACGCCGCCGUCCUCCCUCCCGCCGCCGUCGCCGUCGUCAUACUUCAACAUGUCCGCCGGCUUCCUCGACUCGCCGGUCCUCCUAACCCCCAGUUUAUUCCCAUCGCCGACGACGGGCGCAUUCCCCUCGCAGCCGUUCAACUGGAUGGGGACGCAGGAGAACGACAACAGCGGCCUGCAGGGAAGCGUCAAGCAGGACGACCAGCAGCGCUACUCUGGGUUCACGUUCCAGACGACGGCGCCGAUGUCCGGAACCACGUCGACGGCGCCGGCCUCCUUCCUUCAGUCGUCCAUGCCGAUGGCUCAACUGGGAGGAGACUCCUAUAACAGGGAGCAGCAGCAGCCACAGCAACAACAGCAGCCAUGGAGCUACCAAUCAGACACGGUGAGCAUGGACGUGACGACGACGAGGCCGGCGGACUUCACCACGCCAUUCGACUUCGAGGCAGCACCUGACAACAUGCUCGGAAACAAUGUCGCCAGCGGCGGCUACAGCACAGCGCCUGCGGGCACCGGAGUCCGUGCGCAGAGCGGGCGUCGGUCAUCGGACGAUGGGUACAACUGGCGCAAGUACGGGCAGAAGCAGAUGAAGGGGAGCGAGAACCCGCGGAGCUACUACAAGUGCUCGGCCCCCGGCUGCCCCACGAAGAAGAAGGUGGAGCAGGCGCCCGACGGCCACGUCACGGAGAUCGUGUACAAGGGCACCCACAACCACCCCAAGCCGCUCCAGAACGCGCGCCGGGGCUCUAGCUCCGGCUCCGGCGCCUUGUCGUCGUACGCGAUGCAAGGAGCAGGAGGAGCUAGCAUGAACAACGAGGUGCCAGCGGCGGACGCGCUCUCUGGCACGCCCGAGAACUCGUCCGCGUCGUACGGGGACGACGAUGCCAACGUCAAUGGUGGCGAAGAGUUCGAGGUGGACGAGCCGGAGUCCAAGAGAUGGAGGGGCGGCGGCGAGGGAGCGAUGGCGAUUUGCGGGAACCGGACGGUGAGGGAGCCGAGGGUUGUGGUGCAGACGAUUAGUGACAUCGACAUCCUGGACGACGGCUACCGCUGGCGCAAGUACGGGCAGAAGGUGGUGAAGGGGAACCCCAACCCGAGGAGCUACUAUAAGUGUACCAUGGCCGGGUGCCCCGUGCGGAAGCACGUGGAGCGCGCGUCCCAGGACCUCCGCGCCGUCGUCACCACCUACGAGGGCAAGCACAACCACGACGUGCCCGCCGCCCGCGGCAGCGCCGCAGCAGCGCGCUACCGUGCCGCCAUGCCGAUGCCGAUGCCGAUGCCGCAGGCCGCGAGCGGAUACCUGCAGCAGGGCCAUUCGAGCCUUCGUCCCGACGGGUUUGGCGCCGCCGCGCCUACGACGCAGCAAACGGAUGGGUCGACGUCGUCGUUCGCGCUUUCCGGGUUCGGCAACGCGCCGCCGUCCUACUUCAACUACGGGAACGACGCCAUGUACUACGCGGCCGCCAAGGACGAGCCGAGAGACGACGACAGGUUCUUCCUCGGGAACUCGCUCAUGUUCUGACCGAAUUACUACAUGAGUUUAACUUCAACUUCAACCAACGCCGGUCAAAAUCGAAAUCGAGUGCCGAGAAAAUGGGUACAAAAUGUAGGAUUAAUUGAUUCGUCUUAAUUUGGCCCUCGUGGCCGUGUGGAUAUAUAGGUCUGGUCGCAUUUGAUCAUAGCAACUUUUUUUGGAGGUCCAGCUAGUGAAAAAUGGCAGCGGCCUUCGUAUGACACCUUGCAAGAGGAAGGAACGUAGGAAGGAAUAGUGUAGGAAAUAAGGCAAGAUUUUUCCGCAGUUUGACUGCGUUUUUAUUCUCUCUUUUUUUUCAAGUGAAAAGUUGUUGUAAUGUAUUUUAACAGAAGAAUUUGACCAUUCAGCCGAUGUAUGCGCGUUACGGAA